AUACAUACAUUUAUGCCAUAUAAAUACAUAAAAAUAUUGUAAUAAUAAAUAUUUUGUUUUGAAAAUUUAUUUAGUUAAGCAGAAACGCUGGCCUUAGCUUUUUUGUACCUGAGCGCAACAAAUACACAGGGGUAUUAGAAAAGCUCCAAAGUUCCACAACAUAUUCAUGGAAAAGAGGUUUGAAACUCCUUAAAAGUAAGAGCUUUAUUAAAUAACUCAAAAAAUAUAUAAAACAAGAUAAAAGAAAACAUCCUAAAACAUUGUAGUAAAAUCGAUUGACUGCAACGAAAUGUGUUGCGUAACGAAAUUCCGUCACGUUCGAAAUAUAUAAUUCGCUCACAUAAUGUGGUCUGAUUUAAAUUUUACUUUUUCGAAAGUUCGGUUUAAUUAAUGGUUGAAAGACAAAAACGGGGAAGGUUGCCACAUCUUUGAAAAUCAAAAGUUGUAUUCAAAAAAUGAUCACAAAAAAUGUUACAAGGUUUUAGGAAAUAUGAAAUCGCAUUACUGUAGAAUACUUUCAUCUCAAGAUUAGUCCCAUUGAUAUCAAAGGUGAAAGGUUUUGAAACCUAUGGAUGCUUAUUGGAGGUGCUGCAUAGUUUGAACUGUCGACUAUAUCGCGCUAAAGGAAUCUGCAUGUAUAGAAUUGUGCAUAAUAUCGGACCGACAGUUACCGGAAUGGUAAAGGGUAAUAAAAUUUACAUUACAACUUUGCGAAUGCGAAGCUUAUGAACGUAAAUCUUGGAUUUACCAUAACCCUAGAAAUUGUGGAUGGGUUUGCUAAUAAUGUGGACGACGAGGAGCGAUGGUUCCACACUUCGAAGGGUUUCAGAUCUGAUAACAUAUCCAUAGUACACUCAACAAAUAAGAAUACAUUUUUUAAAUUGUGAUUAUUUUGUUGAUAACCACGGAGGGAAUAAUGAAGUGAUUAAAAAAGUCGUAAUAGUUAUAUGAGAAUGUUUCAAGAGAUGUUAGGCAAAGUUUCUUUUACAUCAAGUAACGGGUCUUUGGACAUUUCAUUUGCAGCUGCAGACAAUUUUUAAAAAGAGGAUGUGAUUUUUCGUACAAUUUUACAGCGCUAACAGUCUUACACUUUACCAAACUAUUAGAACUCAAGGCAGUAGUUAACGUACUGAUCGUGUUAAUCAUCACUAAUUUGUAGGAAAAAAUGUUUGGAAUGUAGGUUCACGUGCCAGGACGCAUAAUGCAUGACGCUAACACGUGCCACAGCCUUAGUUACCACCUAAAUGGCUAAGCUUUUAAAAGCAAUACCGCUAAGCUCAGCUGAGAUGCCCGUCUAACCGUCGAUCGAUCUAUUUCGGUGCGCAAACAAACCAAAUCAAAUCAACGCUAAUUUAAGCGCGUGAGUUGCUUACUAGUUAUGGCAGACUUUGCCGAAUUCAACAGCAAAAAAACUAGAGCUAGCUGCUUGCGCUGAGAAAACAUCCAAGCUAAGCUCUGUCGCGGCGAACUGGCCGAAGCUGAGCUAGACGUUUUAUGAUCAUUUGCAAAUAUUUGGCCAAAGUUAAGUCCGCCUUGGAAGUGAUCAUAACCAAAACGAAUUAUUUGCCGCUGCUAGUCUGCUUUCGACCGCUGAUUUGGCAUAUUGCCCUUGCCAAUACGGAUCAACUAUAAUAUUAUUUCCUUCUUUCUAUCGCAUACUAUUUGUUGGCGGUGUAUUUCGAAGUGGGAACUUAGAAUAAAUCGGAGUUCUUAAAUAUUUGCGCUUAUAUAAAGGAUAGUAUCUACGAGUGAUAUAAAAUGGAUUUCGAUGCGUUGCUGGAGAAAUGUGGCAACUAUGGUCGCUAUCAAUUAGUGUUGUCGCUCGUCUAUGGCUAUACGAAUAUAAUGUCCUCGAUGCAUUAUUUCGCUCAAACAAUCAUAAGCUUUACACCCGAGCAUUGGUGUAAUCAUGAGCUGCUCGAGAAUCUCACAUACACCGAAAUUCGCGAGAUCUACUCGCAAGUAGAGAAUCCCUCGUGUACGCUCUUGGAUGAUAUUGUAAAUGGCACGGCUGUCGCGUCGGAUUUUGGCGAAUGCGAAGACUGGAUAUUCAAAUACGAGAAUGGCUAUGAGAGCGUAACCACCGAUCUCAAAUGGGUCUGCGAUGAUGCGGUCAAGGGAGCAAUUGGACAAUCUUUCCUAUAUCUGGGCUCAGUUUUGGGCACUAUAUUGUUUGGCUUUCUCGCAGAUAAAAUUGGACGUUUGCCAACGAUGAUGUUAACUACAAUUACAGGUGCUGCCGGCGAUUUCAUAACGUCCUUUGUGACCACACCACAUGCCUUUGCGGCUAGUCGUUUCAUCUCAGGUCUGAGCAUCGACACAUUAUUCUAUAUGAGUUAUAUUAUGGUUUUUGAGUAUUUGGAUCCAAAGAAGCGCACCUUCGGCCUCAACAUAAUUAUGGCGUUCUUCUAUUUCUUCGGUCUGGUUAUGUCACCCUGGUAUGCUAUAUGGGUGGGUAGUUGGCGUAAAUAUUUACUGAUCGCCUCACUGCCAGCUCUUUUGGUGCUCAUCUACCCGCUCUUUAUAGUCGAGAGCGCGCAGUGGUUGGCCACUAAAGGUGACUACAAAGGCGCCGUGCGUUGCCUCAGACGUGUGGCCAAGUUUAAUAAGAGAGAAGUCGAAGAGGAGCAUUUCGAUCAAUUCAUAUCAUAUUAUGAGGAAAAAAUGGCGGGAGAGCACAAGGAGAAAGAAGAGAAAGACACAUUCAUGGGCCUCUUUAGAACGCCACGUUUGCGCAAAUUCACCAUUGUGCUAUUUCUUAAGUCCAUGAUUACCACGAUCUCCUACGACAUUAUCAGUCGCAACAUGGAGGGUUUCGGCUCCUCGCCAUUCCUGCUUUUUUCACUUACAUCGAUCGUCUAUAUACCGGCUGGCUUCACGAUCAUACUGCUGCAGAAUCGCAUUGGACGUAAAGGCCUGGCAUGUGGCGCGCUCUUCGUCGGCGCCAUACUCACCGCCAUAACGGGUGUACUACUCGCUGUGCUGGACUUAAAGGAGAAUGCGGUCUUUUUGGCCUGCAUGGUUGGCCUGGGCCGUUAUAUUGCGAUUGUUUCGUACGAAGCGGAAGCGCAAUACGCCGCCGAAAUUGUGCCGACAAGUGUGCGGGGUCGCGGCAUGGCGAAUAUUCACGUCGUCGGCUAUGCCUUCAGCUUCCUCAGCGCUUAUGUCAUCUAUUUGAGCAACAUCUUCAAACCGCUGCCCUCAAUCGUUUUGGCAGUGCUAAUGUUGAUCGGCGCAGCGUUGUGUCUGCUGCUGCCGGAAACGCUGAAUCAAAAACUGCCAGAGACGCUGUUGGACGGCGAGCAUUUCUGCAGCGAUGAGAAAUGGUAUUACUUCCCAUGCAUAGGACGAAAGAAGAAGGACGAAGUGGAGGUAACGAAACUGUGAAGUCGCGACAGACGCAAGUGUAUUACUUUAAGUUAGUAUAAGUUUAGAAAAUUGCACUUAAAUUCAAUGAAUUUGCUUUUCAUGAGUUGGUAUAUGUGUUAUAAAAUAGUUAUUAUUAUUUUGUAUAUUUUUUCUUACAUACUCUUUAUGUGCAUAUAAUGUAUAAAAAGCUUAGCUAUAAAAUAAAAACAGAUAAA